AUGGGCAAGCAGCAGAUGUUCUCCUCCAUCACAAAGGGUGGGACCACGGAAGUGUGGCACGAGUACUUCGCCGGCGUUGAGGAUUCGCUUCCCCCACUGCCCGGGCAGCGAAAGCCAAGGAGGUUGGCACUGAAGCCAAAGCUGCCAGAGGCACCGAAGCCACCCGAUCCGAAGCCUACGCCUAAAGAGCCAGCCAAGGAGCCGGAGAAGCCAAAGUCUGAGCCUCCGGAGGAGAAAAAGGAGGAGUCUCCGCCCAAAAGCAGCGGCUGGGGUAAGCUGCGCAUGGCGGCCAAGAAAGUGCAGAGCUUGAAUCGUUUAACUUCAAUGAUGAAGGAGGAGGGUCCGCAGGAGGAAACCGAGGAAGAUGAGGAGGCAUUCAAAGAAAGA